AUGACGCCCAAAACGCCCGGGUCCGCCUCCUCUUCUUAUCCUCCAAAUCAUCCUCUGUCAGGAAGUAAGCAUUUGUGUGCAAUUUGUGAAGAUCGAGCCUCAGGAAAACAUUACGGCGUUUAUAGUUGUGAAGGCUGCAAAGGCUUCUUCAAGCGAACGGUGCGCAAAGAUCUCACCUACGUCUGCCGCGAUGAGAAGCGCUGCAUCGUCGAUAAGCGCCAGCGAAAUCGCUGUCAGUACUGUCGGUAUCAGAAAUGCCUGGAGAUGGGCAUGAAACGCGAGGCUGUUCAGGAAGAGCGGCAACGGAACAAGCCCGACAAUGAGGUGGAAUCGACUUCCUCUUCCCUCCUGACCAUUGAGAAGAUUCUCGAGGCGCAGAAGAAGGUCGAAAUUACCUCUAACACCAAGGCCGCCGCUCGCGAGGUGGAACUCCUUUUUCGGUGGCUUCGUCAUGUGCCCUACUUUAGUACCCAUUUGCCGCUUGAGGAUCAGAUUGCCCUCCUCAAAACGGGCUGGAAUGAGCUGCUGAUUGCGGAGUUCAGCUACCGAUCGGUGGCCCGAACUGACGCCCUUCUUCUGGCCAAUGGCGGACUGGUCAGUCGGGCGAAUGCCCAACAGGCGGGCAUUGGAAAUAUCAUGGAUCGGGUGCUGCACGAGCUGGUCGCUAAAAUGAGGGAAAUGGCCAUGGAUCGGGCGGAGCUGGGCUGUUUGCGGGCGAUUGUGCUUUUUAAUCCGUCCGUCGGCAAGCUGAAGGACGUCGCCCAGGUGGAACGGCUGCGAGAUCGAAUCUACUCCCUUCUGGAGGUUCACUGCCGACAGCGGUACCCGGAGCAGCCGGCUCGAUUUGCGAAGCUUCUC